ACCUCGCCGCCCUGCACCGUCGCUCGAGCUCGUGAGCCCGCUGGAGGUCCGCUUCUCGCAGAACGUUAUCAACCCCACGUUCUCAGACGGCCGCAGCGUCGACGAGGCCGUCGAGCAGCUCGCGGCCCAGCUCGCCCCCGCCGGCGCGGGCGCGCGUGGAGACCUCGGCGACCAGGUCGUGCUGGAGCCGCCGUUCCCCCCGAUGGAGGCGGUGCGCUGGUGCCCGAAGCUGCGCGACGGCAACGGCAAGCCGCUGCUGGACGAGUUCGGGAACCCCCGCCACGGCAGCGAGGGCCUGUUCUCGGUGGACAACCGGCGCCUGUACGUGCUGCAGCGGGCCGCGGUGGCGUGCUACCCGCGGCGGGUGCUGGUCGGGGUCACGAUCAUCGCGGAGAAGGGCGAGAUGCUGAAGCACGUCAAGAAGUUCCGGACGCGGACGAACGGCCUCUCCGUCACCGUCUCGGAGUGGAACGGCGUCGGCAGGAACAACGCCCGGGAGUACAGCGCCAUGCGCGUCUGGGACUGGAGGUCGGCCGUGUCCCGGGUGGAGGGCGAGAACGAUCCGGCGGCCAAGGGGGCGGCGGCGGAGGCUGCUCAGAUAGGCAGCUGCGGCUGCUGGGAGUACCUCGACGGGAAGGAUAUCCGCAGAGGGCCGUUCAGCAACUGGCAGAUGCGACAAUGGUGGGAGCGGCGAAUGCUUCCACUCUCUCUCCGGAUACGGCCAUACAGCGCGGUCGCAUCGUCGCCUUCCGGAGGCACGGAGGCCGAAGAAGAUGUCGCCGACUUCAAGCUGGCCACGCUGGUCUUCGAGGGCGCGCCGGCCCCCUUCGCUGCAGGAUGGUCCCCUCGCGCCACGGACGGCGCGAUGCAGGCGAGGAAGUGCUCGCGGUGCAAUCGCAAGCGCUUCAACGGCACCGAGCUCGACGGCAGCUGGCUCUGCCAGCAGUGCUUCAAGCGGCGCGCGGCCAGCGCCGCCGAGCGCGACGCAGGGCCCACCUCGGAGGAGCGCCGGCCGAGGCAGCGGCGGCCCUCCCGCGAUCGAGGCCGGGCGGGGCGCGGAGGGCUGCGGGGCCCCGACGGGCGCGGGGCGGACGGGCGGGGCGCCUGCGGGGGCGCCGCCGCCGCGCGCGAGGAGGCGCCGGCGGGCGGCGGCGGCGGCACGGCCGGCGCCGGGGCGGAGAGCGGCUGGGGGCGGGACGUGCGCUGGGCGGGCGAGCGCUGGGCGCGCGAGCGCUGGCGCGAGGUGCUGCACACCUUCAAGUUCCGGCUGGGCCCAUGGGAGAACGCCUUCGGUUACCUGGGGUUCGACAGCGACUCGCACCGGGUCGUAAUCGCCUUCCGCGGCACGGCCAACCUCGUGCAGUUGUCGGACGAGAUUCUGCACCACAGGCUGGUCAACGAGACGUGGUCGGGGGAGCCGGGCGUGCUAGUCAACGAGUACUUCCUGGCGGCCGUCAACGAUCUGGUCAACGUCACAAAGCUGGGACGGAUCCCACAACGGUGCUUGGCGACCUCCUGGAGCAGCACCCCGGCUGCGACUGGCGGGUUUGGCUGA